AUGGCGUUGGUUGGUUUUGACUCUUUUGUGGGUACAGAGUGUCCAGCUGCGGGACGCCCUGGCGGGGGUCCCUCUGGUCCCUCGGCCCGACCGCGCUGCUGUCUGCCUGCAGGGCCCGAGCUUCUCCAUGGAGAGAGAAGGCCCAGAUUCACCAUGAGAACCAGCCCCCGCCGGCCACUGAUUCUCAAGAGACGGAGGCUGCCCCUUCCCGCGCAGAAUGCCCCCGGCGAAGCGCCCCAAGAGGACCCCAAGAGGCCCCCGGCCCAGAGAGAGGCGGGGCCCGCCCAGGCCCCCCAGGAGAGGGCAGAGGCCGGGGCCUGCCAGUUUCCGGCCGGGAUCAGGAUCAUCAACCACCCCACGGUGCCCGACACCCAGGUGGUGGCCAUCCCCAGCGACGCCGACAUACAGAGCAUCAUCGCGGCGCUGACGGCCAAGGGCAAGGAGAGCGGCAGCAGCGGGCCCACCAAGUUCAUCCUGGUCAGCUGCGGGGGGGGCGGCGCCCCCCACCCCGCGGGGCGCCCGCCUGCGGCCCCCGCCGGCAACGAGCCCAGGAGGACCCAAGUGGGCGCCGAGGCCCCGGGGCCCCGGCCUGCAGCGAGGGACGGGAAUCGCCCCCGGCCGCUCGCCGCCCUUCCCGGGCACCGGUGGGAGAGCUGCGCGGGCAGUGAGGCAGCUGGCUGUGCGCUCAACGUCCAGUGGCACAACGACAGAGUGGGGUCCUGCCCCAUCAAGCAGGAGGUGGAGGAGAAGGAGAAUCGGCACCUGGAGCCCAGUCAGGUCAAGGUCGAGGAGGCCCCGGAAUCGUCCACGUCCUGGCCGGAGUCGGUGUCCGAGCGGCCGCCCUACUCUUACAUGGCCAUGAUCCAGUUCGCCAUCAACAGCACGGAGAGGAAGCGCAUGACCCUGAAGGACAUCUACGCGUGGAUAGAGGACCACUUCCCCUACUUCAAGCACAUCGCCAAGCCAGGCUGGAAGAAUUCCAUCCGCCACAACCUUUCCCUCCACGACAUGUUUGUCCGGGAGACGUCUGGCAACGGCAAAGUCUCCUUCUGGACCAUUCACCCCAGUGCCAACCGCUACCUGACGCUGGACCAGGUGUUCAAGCCACUGGACCCCGGGGCUCCACAAUCGCCCGAGCACUUGCAAUCACAGCAGCAGAAACGACCCCACACGGAGCUCCGCCGGAACGUGGCCAUCAAAACUGAACUCCCCCUGGGCGCACGGCGGAAGAUGAAGCCCCUGCUGCCAAGGGUCAGCUCCUACCUGGUGCCCAUCCAGUUCCCGGCGAACCCAUCCCUGGUGCUGCAGCCCUCGGUAAAGGUGCCAAUGCCCCUGGCCGCCUCCCUCGUGAGCUCAGAGCUUGCCCGCCACGGCAAGCGGGUCCGAAUUGCCCCCAAGGUGCUGCUGGCGGAGGAGGGCGUCGGCCCGCUGCCCACCGCGGGCACAGGGUCCGAGGAGAGGGCGCCACCGCUGCCCGUCAAGGAGGAGGCCGUGGAGUGGCCCCUACCCCGGGGCCCGCUGCGGGCGCAGAGCCCCCCGCUGGCGGAGUGGCCCUCGCCCAGCCCCUCCGUCAAGGAGGAGGCGUCGUGCUCCUGGGAGGACUCGUCCCACUCGCCCACCGCGACCCCGCAGGGCCCCCCCAGCGCGCCCCGGUCCCCCGCGCGGCGCGUCUCGGAGAUGCUGGUCACCCGGCGGCGGGAGCAGCGGGACCGGAGCCGCUCGCGCCGCAAGCAGCGCCUGCAGCCCCCCGAGCCGCUCAGCCCCCCGCCCCCAGAGCCCCCCGCGUCCUCCACGCCCAGCAAGGCCGGCCUCCCGCGCAGCCCGGGCCCCUGGCGCCUCACCCCGCCGGGCGCGGCCGGGGGGCUGCAGUUCAGCCCCGUGAGAACCCCGCGGCCCCCCGAGCUCAGCACCACCCCGCUCCGGGGCGUCCCCCUCUUCGACUCCCCCCGGGAACUCCUCCACCCCGAGCCCUUCGAGCUCGCCGCGGACCCCUUUGGCGGCUACUCCCCCUCCGACGUGGAGGUCCCCCAGGCCGGCUCCCCCGAGCCCCAGGACUCGGGCCUCUUGGCCAACAGGUCCCUGACCGAGGGCCUGGUGUUGGACACCAUGAACGACAGCCUCAGCAAGAUCCUGCUGGACAUCAGCUUCCCCGGCCUUGACGAGGACCCGCUGGGCCCCGACGGCAUCAACUGGGCCCAGAUCCUUCCCGAGCUGCGCUAGAGGCCCAGCCUCGCUCCCCCUGCCCCCCCCAGCACUUUCAGGGCGCCCCUGGCCUCCGAGCGAGGCCCUGCCAGGCUCCUCCAGCCCCCCGUUCUGCCCAGGCCCUCCCCGAGCACGAGCACCUGCUCCCCUCCCCGGCCCAGCACCCUGCCUGUCAAGAUCAGGUGGGGGGCUCGUGCCUCUCCCAGAUGUCUGCCGCUGUGCCCCCCUCCCUGCUCCUUCCCGGGGCAGCCCUUGUACCCGUCCGUCCGUCGUGUUUAUUUGCCAAAUGACCCUCGAGUUGUAAACGUAAGCUGCUUGGCUCAGAUCAUUGCGGAGAGGCUGCCGGGAGCCGCCGCGGCUGGCCCUCCCUCGC